AUGGGCUGCUUCUACUGCUGCGGAAGCAACGACGAAAGGAGGCGGCGGUCACGCCGGUCCUCCGACCGGAAGGAGAAGAAUCCCCUCGCUUUCCUCGUCAACAGCAUCUCCUUCAAAUCCGGUACUCGAUGGAUAAUUAUUUAUAUGAUUGUCAUUUUUUCCGAUAGCCUUAUAUUCAUAAAAUUUUAGUAAUUAAGCUUCUGGCAUCAGAAGUUGAGCUCAGGGGAGACGAUCGGGUCUUCUUCGAUCUCGGAAGGGGGAGGGUGGGGGACCGAAAAUGGAUAAACGACCAUAGUUGGGAUAAGGAGUGCAGUUCUCCUCCAUUUCCGGCUCUGACGACGCAGCUUCUUCCGCCCAGAUGGAACCAAGAACAGGUUCAUGGCGGAGGAGAUUCUGAAGAUCGGCAACGGGAACAUUGCCGCCCGGGUCUUCACGUUCCACGAGCUGGCGGUGGCGACGAACAACUUCCGGCCGGAAUGCCUCCUCGGCGAAGGCGGGUUCGGGAGGGUCUACAAAGGAUAUCUCGAGAGCACGAAGCAGGUGAAGAUUCCCUCCGUCCGUCCUUGAAAGAAUCCGGUAUUUUGAGGUCGCCUGCAACCGGGUUCUCCUCUCCUGUGCAGUUCGUGGCCGUCAAGCAGCUGGACCGCAAUGGUCUGCAGGGAAACAGAGAGUUCCUGGUGGAGGUGCUCAUGCUCAGCCUGCUUCACCACCCGAAUCUGGUUAAUCUGCUAGGAUACUGCGCCGAUGGCGAGCAGAGGAUCCUUGUUUACGAGUACAUGCCGCUGGGAUCUCUGGAAGAUCAUCUCCUCGGUACCACUCCUCACCUACCAGAUUCUCCUCUCUCUCUCUCUCUCUCUCUCUCUCUCUCUAUCUAUGUAUCUUUGUUUCUUUCUGUGUAUCUGUGUGACUAUUGUCACGAGAGAAUGGGCUCUUACUUAUGCUGUGUUCUGUGGAAGAUCUGCCACCGAACAGGAAGGCGCUGGACUGGAACACCAGGAUGAAGAUAGCCGAGGGGGCCGCGAAGGGGCUGGAGUACCUGCACGAGACGGCGAGCCCGCCGGUGAUCUACCGCGACUUCAAGGCUUCCAACAUCCUCCUGGACGGGGACUUCAACCCCAAGCUCUCCGACUUCGGGCUGGCCAAGCUCGGCCCCGUCGGCGACAAGAGCCACGUCUCCACCCGCGUCAUGGGCACCUACGGCUACUGUGCCCCCGAGUACGCCAUGACCGGACAGCUCACCAAGAUGUCCGACGUCUACAGCUUCGGCGUCGUCUUCCUUGAGAUCAUCACCGGCCGCCGAGCCAUCGACACCGCCAAACCCACCUCCGAACAGCACCUCGUCCACUGGGUAAGCCUCUCUCUCUCUCUCUCUGUGUCUCUCUCUGCCUGCGCUCCGUGAAUGAUGGUUUGAGAUGGAGUGUUCAGGCGGAGCCACUGUUCAAGGACAAGAAGAAGUUUGUGCAGAUGGCGGACCCGCUUCUGGAGGGGAGGUUCCCACUGAAGAGCCUCUACCAGGCGCUGGCGGUGGCGGCGAUGUGCCUACAGGAGGAAGCCGGCACCCGCCCGAUGAUCAGCGACGUCGUCACCGCCCUCGAGUACCUCUCCGUCCCCAGAAGCGAUCCCGACGUCGGCGCGGCCACCGGCGAACCCGCUCCGGCAAGGCUGCUAUCCUCCCCCCGGGAAGAAGAUGAUCAAGAGGAUAAAGAAGAAGAAGAAGAAGAAGACGGAGGAGAGGGGACCGCUAAUGGCAGCGACCUCUUCAGAUCCCGUCCAGGCGGAGAUGGCGUGGCCAGUCGCUCCUGGAGGAGAAGCGGGAGGGUAGUCUACGCGAGAUGCUGA